UAGCGCCGCGUCCCCCUCCGGCCUAAAGGGGGACCGGGAAUGUGAGGAUUUCGGGACGGAGGGGACCGGGGUGCACGGGCGGUGCUGGCCGGGGGCUGCCGGAGGGAGCGAAGGACCGGACCGCGGUCGCCUCUCGUUUUGCUCCGUCCUUGCGCGGCUUCCCCUCUCUGCCUACUCCGGUGUCUCUGCUAGACGUCCUGCCUUAAACUACGGCGAAAGGGAGGGAAGAGCGGAAGCAUGUCCAACCCGGAGAAGCGGCUCUUAGCCCGCCCCUCGGCCCCCCUGGCUGCGGCACCCGGGGAAAAGCCCGGCUCCGGCAGCCGCCCGCUCCACUCCCAUGGCCAGAGCGGCGGAGGUGGAGGCAGCGGCGGGUCUCCUCCUCCUCCCCCCGCUCCCGGAGGCGGCUCGGCUGCCUGCAGCUCCCUCUCUCUCCUCCUAACAACCAGCAGCAGCAGCGGGAGCCGCGCUGCAGGGACAGCCUCCUCCGCCGCCUCCGCCAGCAUCGUCCCCAGAGCGGCGGCGGCUCCUUUCCUCGCUCCAAUCCCCUCCUUCUCCUCCGCUUCUCCAUCUUCUUUUUACUUCUUGCCGCCGCCUCCUCGUUUCCCCUCCUCGUCUUCCUUUAACCUCACGAGUCUCCAAGGGAGGGAAGGAGGAGGAGGAGGAGGAAGAGAUGUUGGCGGAGCAGCGGCAGCAGCAGCUCACUUGAUCGCCCAUCCAGGCGGCAGCGGCAGGAGGAGACUCUUCUCUUCUUCCUCCAUCCAGGGCUUGCUGCUCCGCUCCACGGCCGGCGGCCCCCGGCAGCACCACUCCCGGCUCCUCCUCCCCCCGGCCGCCUCUCGCCCGUGGUCCUGCGAUUCCCUCGGGGCUGCAGCGGCAGCAGCCCGCGGCGACGGGAUCCGAGGAGGCGACGGCCCCGGCAGGAGCGGGACUCCGAGGCGGCAGCAGCGGCAGAGAGGCGCCUUCUUCUUCUCCUCCUCCUCGGCUCCCCUGCUCCUAGGGCCAGACAUGGAAGAUGGAUCUAAUUCUGCCAGCUGCUUUAGGAGGUUUACGGACUGUUUCUUGAACACAAGUUUAACAGAUGAAAAAGUGAAGGCCUAUCUUUCUCUUCAUCCCCAGGUACUGGAUGAGUUUGUGUCAGAAAGUGUAAGUGCAGAAACUGUUGAAAAAUGGCUAAAAAGGAAAAAUAACAGACAGGAAGAUGAAUCAACUCCUAAAGAAGUCAGCAGGUAUCAGGAUACGAAUAUGCAAGGUGUAGUGUAUGAAUUGAACAGCUACAUAGAACAACGCCUGGAUACAGGAGGAGAUAACCAACUACUUUUAUAUGAACUGAGCAGCAUCAUUAAAAUAGCUACAAAAGCUGAUGGAUUUGCACUAUAUUUCCUGGGAGAAUGCAAUAAUAGUCUGUGUGUAUUUACACCACCAGGAGCUAAAGAAGGACAACCACGGCUCAUUCCAGCAGGGCCCAUUGCACAUGGCACUACAGUAUCUGCUUAUGUAGCCAGAUCCAGAAAAACGUUGUUAGUAGAAGAUAUUCUGGGGGAUGAACGAUUUCCCAAAGGUACUGGACUGGAAUCAGGGACUCGUAUCCAAUCUGUUCUUUGUUUACCCAUCGUCACUGCAAUUGGUGAUCUGAUUGGUAUCCUGGAGCUUUAUCGUCACUGGGGCAAAGAAGCCUUCCAUCUAAGUCACCAAGAGGUUGCAACAGCAAAUCUUGCAUGGGCUUCAGUAGCAAUACAUCAAGUACAAGUGUGCAGAGGCCUUGCCAAACAGACUGAACUGAAUGACUUCUUGCUUGAUGUAUCAAAAACAUAUUUUGAUAAUAUAGUUGCAAUAGAUUCUCUACUUGAACAUAUAAUGAUAUAUGCAAAAAACCUGGUGAAUGCAGAUAGAUGUGCACUCUUCCAGGUUGACCACAAAAACAAGGAACUGUAUUCAGACCUUUUUGAUAUUGGAGAAGAAAAUGAUGGGAAACCAGUUUUUAAGAAGACCAAAGAAAUAAGAUUUUCUAUAGAAAAAGGAAUAGCUGGUCAAGUGGCAAGAACGGGGGAAGUCCUUAACAUCCCUGAUGCCUAUGCAGAUCCACGCUUUAACAGAGAAGUAGACCUCUAUACAGGCUACACAACCAGAAAUAUCCUGUGCAUGCCUAUUGUGAGCCGAGGAAGUGUAAUAGGCGUUGUGCAGAUGGUGAACAAAAUAAGUGGAAGUGCCUUCUCUAAAACUGAUGAGAACAACUUUAAAAUGUUUGCAGUCUUUUGUGCUUUAGCCUUACACUGUGCUAAUAUGUACCACAGAAUUCGCCAUUCAGAGUGUAUUUACCGUGUAACAAUGGAGAAACUAUCCUACCACAGUGUUUGUACAGCAGAAGAGUGGCAAAACCUAAUGCACUGUACACUGCCUCCACAUAUUUAUAAAGAAAUUGAACUAUACCACUUUGACAUCAGCCCCUAUGAGGAUGUCUGGCCUGCCAUUUUUGUCUACAUGGUUCACCAGUCCUGUGGGACAGCCUGCUUUGAACUUGAAAAGCUAUGCCGAUUUACUAUGUCUGUAAAGAAGAACUAUCGCCGUGUGCCCUACCACAACUGGAAGCAUGCAGUUACAGUUGCGCAUUGCAUGUAUGCCAUACUUCAGAACAACCAGGGGCUUUUCACUGACCUGGAGCGAAAAGGUCUUUUAGUUGCAUGCCUAUGUCAUGACCUGGAUCACAGAGGUUACAGCAACAGCUAUCUUCAGAAAUUUGAUCACCCUCUAGCUGCUCUCUAUUCCACAUCAACAAUGGAACAGCACCACUUCUCGCAGACUGUGUCCAUCCUGCAGCUGGAAGGGCACAAUGUCUUCUCCAAUCUGAGCUCCAGUGAAUAUGAGCAAGUCCUUGAGAUCAUCCGGAAAGCCAUCAUUGCUACAGACCUUGCCCUGUAUUUUGGAAAUAGAAAACAGCUUGAAGAGCUGCAUCAAGCGGGAGCAUUAAACCUUAAGAACCAAGCACACAGAGAUAGAGUGAUUGGUCUGAUGAUGACUGCUUGUGAUUUGUGUUCUGUAACAAAGCUGUGGCCAGUUACCAGACUGACAGCCAAUGAUAUAUAUGCAGAGUUCUGGGCUGAGGGUGAUGAAAUGAAGAAAACGGGUAUUCAGCCUAUUCCUAUGAUGGACAGAGACAAGAAAGAUGAAGUCCCUCAGGGUCAAAUUGGGUUCUACAAUGCUGUAGCCAUCCCAUGUUACACGACACUUGCACAAAUCUUUCCUCCAACUGGGCCACUACUCCGAGCAUGCAGGGACAAUCUCAACCAAUGGGAAAAAGUAACAAGAGGUGAGGAAGCCUCUAUAUGGAUUCCCUCCCAGUCCAUCACUCCUGGGACUUCAGAUUCGCUUCCUGUGAAGAUUGAUGACUGAACAGCAGCAACAGAUUGCUUUAACCCUAAAAGCAUCCCUUCUUGCUUUGGGGGUUGUUUUUUGUUUGUUUUGUUUUUAUUUGACAAAGGAAAAAGAAAAGCUACAAAAUGCUAACUAAGAAGCAGAUCUGCCAAUGAAGGUAACACCCAUGGAGUUGACUCAGCUAAACAACUCUGGCAGCCGAUCUCCUGACCUACACCAGUGACACAAUGUGAACAGAGGGAAAAUGACAACCCAGAUUUUUUGGAAUCAGCUAUCAAAAGAAAACUUACGACUUGUGAAUAUAAAAGACUGGCCUUAUCUCAUGGGCUACAUUGCUGAGGCCUUAAUUUAAAACUGAUGGGGGAAAAAAAUCUUAGGGGGUACUUCUAAAUUGUAUCUUUCUAGUAAGGGUUUCAAUGGUACUUUUAUUACACUGUACUGUGCCUGGCUUUAACACCAGUGUCACUUGGGAGUUCUUGGCUAUAAAUAGAACAAUAUAUCCAUUGCUAUUGUGAAUGUUUAUGUGUGAUCUACUUGUAAUCAGUUUGAACUCCAGCAGAAUCCUUGGAGACUAUAAUUCAUGCUUAGGUUACGGUGAAUUCUCUUGCUGCAAACAAAAGAAAACCAACAUUCAGGUUAAAGGUUUACAGUACUUCAUUAAGCAUCAUGAUGCUAACUGUCUGUCACUCACAAGGCAAAUGUUGAAAGAACUAGUGAUGAUGCUUUGUUCUUCAGAAUGAUUUAUCAACCUAGAUAACUCCUCCCUUUAAACACUGGAAGUGCUGGAUGUUUAUCUCCAAUAAGGAGAGAUGUAGGCAUAGUUUCAGGUUGGAGUUUUUGUAUCCAUAGUGACAGAAGCAUCAGAUUAAAAUUUAAAUGUGACAGCAAAGAUUUCCUUGCCUAGCUCACAAAUAACUAAAGUCAUCAUGUUUACUUCUACCUGCUGAGUUGUAUUCUAAAAGGUAUUAGAGACAUACCUGAAGUAUGCUAUCUGCUGGGAACAAAAGCCCUGUCAGAAAAGUCAGGUCUCAUAAGAGAAAUUGUGGUACCGUCACAAUAAAUCAAAAAUGUUUUUGUAUAGACUAGCUUUUGUGUUGCACAGUAACACUGCAUGUCAUCUUCUACUCUUUAUCCCCAUCCCAAGAUAAGUGAAAAUAGGAAACUUCUGCCUUUUUGUUUGCUUUUUUUUUUCCUUAGUUCAGCAAAAUUUCCAGACUUAGAACUGCCUUUCUCAAAGAAAGAACAGCUGACAGAAGAAGAGUACUCUAAAAUAUUGUGUUUACAGUUCUGUGCUUCAGUUAGGCUUCAGCCUUACAAACUUAUGCACAGACUAAGACCUUACAUUUAACGCCACUCUUUUGAAUUUAGUGCAAUUGUACAAAGUAUCUUUCAAAAACUGUUAAUUUGCCUUCAUCUUUCUCUUAAAAAUAAUGAGAAAAAACUCUUCAUAUUGAUCCACACAGUAAAUGAAAACACAGUCUUUGUAUACCUAUCACAGUCUUUGUAUACCUUUCACAUACAGCCUAUACAGCAUUAUAUAUGCGUUUUCACAGAUAAUACAUUGUUGUAGUGGUUCUGUGAUAACAUGGCCAUUUGUGUAACUGCAACUAAUAACAGUAGCAACUUAAAGACAGGAUGCAGGUUCUCUUUUUCCUUCUCACACCUGUUGAGCUGUAUUGCUCUAAUAAGCAUGUCAUCUUCUGUGUUUUAUUUAAAUGACAUUUAAAUUACUCUUGAGUUUUGCCUUCUGUUAUGGUCGAGCACAUACCAGUAUGUGUACAUGUGUACAGUAUGUGAUGCGUAAUCACAUAAUGUAUAAAUGCACCUAAGCCUUUGCUGUACAUAGAUAUCCCAGAGUUUGAGAAUUCAAUAUGAAAUUAUCUUAUUUGUAUGAUACAGGUUACCUAGCAGCAGCCCCAUAAUUCUUUUCAGGUGCUUUGCUAAUUCUAAGUGCAGAAAUUCAUUUCUAACCACAGUAAAUUAUUUAAUCAUUUUGGAUUUUUUUUAAAAAAAAAAAAAAAAAAGGAAACACCAAAGUAGAAUGAAUAGUAUCUCAUGCUGUCUUCUGCUUUAUUACUUAGUAGUUCUGCUUUAAUGAAAUCAUACAGAUGCAGACUUUCAUCUGCUGAGUACUUGACACACAAUCAAUCAUUCCUAAUUCACAUGGAAAUUUAUCUAAAUCUACAGCGACCACAAAAAUACUCUCUGAAAUUCAGAUAUGCUACCAGCUGAACUGAAUAUUUUUCCUUCACGGGUUAAGUAUAUUUGCUGUUCUUCUUCUUAGAAUGAUGAUCUUACAAGCUUUGCAAAAAUAUUCCUUAUCACACUGUGUCUGUGUUAAGCAAAGUUUUAAUUCAUCUUCUAGUCAUUGCUGGUAAAGACAACUUGGCUAGUUCUGUUACUUACUAUUCAGAAUGUUUGCCAUAUCACAUGGUAUGUUAUGUUUUGAAGUUUAUAAGUACUGAUAUGGAACAUAGUUCCCUAACAAAUUCAUCGAACUGGCCAUAAGUUGUUCUAUUAAUGUCCCAAGUCAAUCAGAUGGUUUUGUUUGUUUGUUUUUUCUAAUGCAGAACUAUCUGAAACAUUUAAAAUAUAUGUUUAUUAUAGUAUAAUGUCCACUAGAACUAAAAACUUCAGUUACAGUGGUUGUGGAUUGGUGUAUGAAAGGAGGAAAAAAUCAUGACAAAAAGUUACUUUUUGUCUGUAGCUAUAAUAACAAAAUUAGCAAUAGUGGGCUACAUUUUCUAAGCAAAUUUAGUCUCAGCAUUUAAAGAGUACAGAUUCAGAUGUAACUUUUUGUAGAAAAAACACUAAAAUCAGUACUCCCAAAGUCAAACCCACCAAAAAUUAAAACUUUGAAGUUGCAUUUGAAUUUCACAGCUCAAGUACAUGUUGAGAUUUAAUGGUUCAAAAGCGUGAACUUGAACUCAUAAAUCUGCUCAUUAAGUUAAACUGCCAAAAGCCAUUUUUAUCCUGCUAAAACCUGAUGUUGUACAAGGUCAAUAAGAACAUAUAUAAAAAAAUAAUAAAACAACAACAACAAAAAACAUAGAUUUUUUUUCCUAUAAGUGUUAGACUUUGUAUUCCCAGAACAGCAUUAGUUUUGUUAGUGAUUUCAAUGGAUUUUUGCUUCUAAGCCCAGGAGAAGUAAAAGGACUAUCUGAAGCCAUAUCUGAGCAUUUCUAAUAUAUUGUGAAAUGAUGCCUGAAAGACAUGCACUAAGAGAGAAAAAUAGUUCACAUAGCAUGAUAUUCAUCUGAGAUGUUGCAUAUUUUAUUACAGCAAUGUCAGAAAUUCCAUUGUUAUAAUUAAUCUAUGAAUUUUGUAAUGUAGUACAACAUCUUGCUGUAAUGGUUCAACUCAUGGCAGUACUUUUUUUAAUAAGUGAUCUAUUUUUAGUAAGUUAUUCCAUUAGAGAAACACAAUAGUGUUUUUAGUAGGAGUAUAUGCUAAAAUAUAUUUACAUUGGAGGAGACAUGCAGUGUGGAAUUCAUCUUUUUGUCUGGCACAGACUUCUUUCAUGUGUUUAAACUUCAAACAGUGUGAUCAGUUUGCUGUGACUGCAUUUAGACUGUUUAGUGUUAAAAUCGUAGGGAUUGCAAAUAGCACUAUUCAUGUUAAAAACAGAGUUUGUUAGAUGCUCAAAACAAUUAUGACCCUCUUGAAAUAAUGCAUUUGCCUCUAACACUGUGAUACAGGAACAAUUCUGUGAAGUGGUACAAUUCAUUUGUUCAUUCUAAACACAGAAGAGACUUUCUGCACACUACUACAAGGAAGUUCAUGUUCAAACUUUAGGUUAUAUAUCCCAAUCUAGCAAAGGCACAUUACAACACUUAUUUUCCUUUCUGACCAAAAACUGUGCUCGAUUGUAAUACGGGUGUAUACUCUGUCAAAACAAAAACAAAAACAAACAAACCAAAAAAAAAAAGGCAAAACAAAACAACAACAAAAAACACAACCUAAAACUAUGGACUGCUUUCUAGGGUAGGUCAAACUGAUUUGUAGAGUAGAUUCAUAUAUAUUCAAAAUUCAGGUUGGGCUGUUAUGUGAAUAAGAACGAACUUCAAGGUAACAUUCAACUUUACUACAUUUAGUGAGCUGAAAGAUUUGUUUUAUAUAUAUAUAUAUUUACACAUACAUAUAUAUAUAUAUGAUACAUAUAAACUAUCUUUGUAAAAAUAAAACAAAAAAUAUGCAAGUGCAAUAAUUUAAAGAGGUCUUAACUUUGCAUUUAUAAAUUAUAAAUACUGUACAUGGUGUGUAAUUUUUUUCAUGUAUUCAUUUGCAGUCUUUGUAUUUAAAAACAAACCUAAACCUUUACUAUUACGUUUGUACAAUAGAACAGUAAGCAUUUAUUAUGAUAUAGUUAAGUUGUAAAUAAAUUCACAAACCAAACAGCCAGUACAUAUGCAUAUAUGGGUGUCCUAUUGUGAAACCUGUUUUUGCUUUUACUGCUGGCUUUAGCACAGCAAGACUACUUCUGUGGAUAU